UUACCAGUGGUGCUCGACAGAAAGACGAGGAAUGGAAUCCAGAAGAGAAUGGAGGCUUUGCCAUACAUGAGAACGACCCUAGCAAAGCAGGACCAAGUGAUCCAUUGGCACAACUAGAAAAGACGUCAGAUGCCCUUCGCAAAGCAAAGGAGAUUGGCGCGCCAAGAAUAGAAUCAUUGCAGGAACUUUCUGACACAUAUAACACCGACCCAUACGAACUCUCUAAGCGAGUUCGUAAGCAGUUUCGAGAGGUCAAAAAGGUCGAUAAACGAAAGAGGGAAGAGGAGGAAGCCGUCAAAGAUAAAUACUCCCUCCCAUCCACCUUAAAACUUGUUGAAGAGUCAGAGGUGAAAGAGGAGGCCAAAAAUCUGUGGGCAAAGGAGAGAACAGAAUGGGAGGCUAACGAACGGACCAAACGACGAAGGACCAUUGCAGAGGUCGGAAAGACCACUAAAAAGGACGGCUCGUUAGCAGCAUCACUUUUGAAGAAUUCUCUCAAAUCUAGUGAUCCUUUCCUUUCCUCCAAAUCGUCGUCCUCAAAGCCAGCUCUGGCCGGGAUUGUUCGCCGACCAAGAGGAUAA